AAAUCCCACGUGAUAGUGAGUUCGAAUGGAUCGUGGUCGAACCAGGUACAGGGGAGUUUGUGGUAAUAAAGCCCAGACAAGCAAAGGGAGUAUCUUCUCAUCCGGACAGUUCAACUAACGAAGAGCGACCAGCCAUUGAUGAACAGCAAGUCGGUACCGAUUCAGCUGAUAGCUAUUUGUUUUCCUGCCCAGAAGACGGUUGCAUAAAAUCCUAUAUGACUCAUGGGCGUCUGAAGCAACACCUGAUGUAUGGGAGACACAAUUUUCGACAAAACCAGAAUGUUCUUUUAUUGGACAGGGUAAAGAUAAGCUACGCAGACCGUCUGGAAGAGGAGAGAGGGGGACAAUCAUUAAUUACAAUGACAGGCUUGACAGAAGUGGGUACAACGUAUGUUUCAGAAGGACGGGCUGGUCGGGACCUCAAAAAAAACAGGCCACUGGUCCCGCGCAAAACAGAGAACAUUCCUGGAGAACAAAUUUAACGAUGGUGUAAAAACGGGCGUGAAGGAGAACCCAGAUAACGUGUCAGAGGAAAUGCGACAACAGAAAAUCAGAAUGGGAAACGAGUCUUUACCGUUGUCGUAGAGUUUCUUCGUCCCCAGCAGAUAUCGUCGUUUUUCUCUAGAAUGGCAUCAAAGAGAAAAGGUGCGACAGAAUCGGAUGACGAAGCAGAAGAAUUCACGAGGCACCAAGCUGAGGUGAACUCGAACGUGCUAGAAACUUUAAAGCAGGAUGUAGCUCAUCCUGUGUUGUUUUCAGGCAAAAGCCUGUGCCAAUUGACAAAAGAAGAAAUCGGCAACCUGAAAAUCACCCAACUGCGUUCCAUGACCAGUCAUUUUGGCAUCAGCGUUAAAGGGCGAGCGAAGGCG